ACCAUUCGCCCCGCUCGGUGACGAGAACGAGAGCAGGGCAACCUCAGACUUGUUGGGCUUCUAUCGCAAGAGCUACGAGAAUAUAGAUCAGACGCUCAGCAGGUUCGAGGUCACACGACGACGAGCAGCAGCGCUUGGAGGAUUUCAGAUGGGACCCCAGGGCUACGCCUGGAUGUUGAUGACGGCCCUGGGCUGUAGCCCUGCGGAGUGGAACGAGUUGCUGAUCCACUUCAGAGGCCACCUGCCGAGGACGGAGCAGCUGUUCGCGGAGUUGGUAGAAUAUAUUCCACGGUAUGGACACUUUCUGGAGAAGGGACCGAUGUCGGUGAAUCGAAGCAGCAAGGGCAAGGGCCACAGCCAGUUCUUCUUCCCGACGUUCAACUUCGGCGUCGCACCGCCGGCGCCAGAUCCGUGGCAGGCCUACUACGGCAACGAGUACGAUGAGAACGACACGGACACGGACGACGACGACGGAGAGGUCCUGGACGGCUCGGAUUUCCCUGGACAGAUCGGCCAAGACGACGCGGUCAUCCAACAGUACCUCUACCAGAACUACGUUUUUUCACAAGAAGCGCUGGCGACGGUUUACAGGCAGACCUACGAGAUUCCACAGGUCAUGAAGUGCCUCACGAAGGGCUGUGAGAGCGAAUUUCACCUGAUCAAAGACUGCCCCCACCGACAAGGCAAAGGGCAAGGAAAAGGCAACUUCGUCACGAAUGGACCUCGACCGGUAUCAGCAGCCUCGGCAGCGGUGCCAUGGUUCGGAUUCAACAACACGUCAGCUACAGCGACAGCAGCGACGACAAGCAACUCGGCCUACGGUUCUGGAUCGGUGAGCUUCUUUGCCACAGAAACGCCCAAGAACGACAAUGAGCAGAAGGCGAGCGUGAGUGUGGAGGGCUCGCACUGCUUCACCGGCGUGGUGAUAUCGCCAGCGCAGCCAAAGGCCAUCGAGGACAAGGCUCCUGAGUGGUUUGGACCGAGACCGAUGGCGGAAAGCAUGGAGCCCCCAACUACAGGGUCGGCACUGUCCUCGGGCGAAGGACCCUACUUCCCGAUGCUACCGACCAUGGGAACCACCAAAUUCGGGGAGAUUACGGACGUGCCAUCGGGACCCACGUUUGGAAUCGGACAUAUCUUGGGCCUUUCAUCGAUAGUGGCCCCGAAAGACGAGGACGGAGAUAGAGUAACGGAGCCACAGACCGCUGGAGUUCCUCUCCCAAAGACAACGAUGGGAACAUCAGCGAAGAUACCUCCGAUGGUAUCGGACAUACUCGGCAUCAAGAAGGCAGACGAGAAGCAGGACCCCUCCUCGAUCAACGUAGGCGGCUUGAUCUUCAGCCCUGUUCCGGCGAAGAUGGUGACCCCCCAGAGCGCGAGCAGCGGAGUUCAGGACUCGGCGGCGAGCUGGGACAAGGUGUCGAGCGUGCCCGAGCAGCAGGUGGAUCUGUCAUCCUUCGACCUCGACUCCGAGAGCUACUUUCAGCCCGGACAUCCUCAUGAACGUGAACGCCCAGAACUACCGAGAGGAGCGGGCGAGGUCGCCAUUCCAGAUGAUGACGAACACACCGAGCAUGACGGGAAACACGAAGAAGUUAGAGAGGACAACGACGGCCAGCAGAUCCCGCCGGACAAGCACACAGGCGGAGUGGACUUUAGCGAUGAUCGUGGAGACUUCACUGGAGUUGUCUGGACCUUGGGGGGGAACCGCGAGGAGACCUACCUGGGACACGAGCGCACCCGGCUUGAUGGCGGCGAGAUGGGCAUCCUCGUGGACCCGGGAGCGCACGGCAACCUCGUCGGAGAACGCUGGGCAAAAGCCAAGCAGUACCAGCACGACACGGAGAAGACCGAAUUGCGAGAACCCCUGGAAGUUAAUGGAGUUGGAAAAGGACCCGAUUACUGCCAUCAGCAGUGGAAGAUCCCUAUCGGUACGCAGGAGAUCUAUCAGGAGGGCGAUGGCAGCGGCAACCUGGACACGUAUACGGCACCCAUCAUUCCUGGAAGCGAUGUUCCUGCGUUGAUGGGCAACAGUUCACUAAAGAAGCUCGAUGCGAUCCUGGA